AUGAUAGAAUCUAAAGUUGCUGAGAUAAAUGAAGAAAGGGGAAUUGUUGAUGAUGACUACGGUCCUGAAAGCCCAUUAGACUUUGAAGCUGUAGAAGCUGUAAACGCAAUGGAUGACUUUCAGAGAAUCAAUCUAGUAGAAGUAAAUCAGACUGAUCAUCAAAGUAUGAUCGCAAAACUUAAUACCGAUCAAAAACGAGUCUUCGAUAUGAUCACAAAUAAAAUGGACACAACCGAUAGUAACGCUGACGUUUUACGCUGUUUUAAGCAUAAAAAUAUGUCAUGUAACCAUUCUGCUCUGCUACUAAGACAUUUUGCUCUACGUAAUGUAAUCCCAUUUGGCAGUCGAACCUUAACGAAUAAAAUAGAAGAUAUAUGUACUCAUACAGGACAAAAAUGGGACUCUGAUGAUUACAGGCUUGCAAGAUUUAUGAAUGCUCCAAAACAUGUUAAUCACAACUGGGCAAUUAACUUAAUUGCUGAAGUACCCCCAAAAGAAGUAACUGAAAGAGUCAUAUGGUGUGAUGGAGGAAGUGGACCAGAAGGCCACCCACGAGUUUAUAUUAACUUGGAUAAACCUGGAAACCAUGCUUGUGGAUAUUGUGGAUUACGUUUCGUAAAAAAAGUUCACCAUUAA